AUGGGUCCGCUAAGAAAGUCAAGAAGUGUCAAUAGGCGGUAUAUCAAUGAGGUAUCUCCAAGUAAAGAUGGUGAUAGUGCUCAAAGAAGCAAUAGCAAGAAAAGAAAGUUGUCUGACAUGCUGGGGCCUCGAUGGGCAACAGAGGAGCUGACUCGUUUUUAUGAUGCUUACCGCAAGUAUGGUAAAGAUUGGAAAAAGGUAGCCGGUGCUGUGAGAAAUCGAUCCUCAGAAAUGGUGGAAGCUAUUUACACUAUGAAUAGGGCGUACUUGUCUCUUCCACACGGAACUGCUUCGGCAACUGGGCUGAUUGCGAUGGUGACUGAUCAUUAUAGCAAUUUGGCAGGAAGUGAAAGUGACCAAGAAAGCAAGUAUGGAGUAGGGACAUCUAAAAAAUCCCAGAAGCGUGUUCGUGGAAAGGCCCAGCGUAUGACCUCCAAAGCACCUGAUGAUCAAUUUGUUUCGCAUUCACAGACUGUUGCUUCAGAUUACGGGUUUCUGUCAUUGACAAAGAAGAAACGCUCAGGAGGAAAUCAGCAUUGUCCUGUUGGGAAAAGGACGCCAAGGUUCCCCGUUUCAGUUUCAUAUGAAAAUGUUAAUGGAGAGAAAUUUGUUUCUCCUACAAGGCAAGGCCUGAAAAUCAAAGCUAACGCCAAUGAUGAUGAAGUAGCUCAUGAAAUAGCAAUAGCUUUGGCAGAGGCAUCAUAUAUAGGUGGUUCUCCUCAGGUUUCUCGAACACCAAAUAGAAGACCUGAGAGUGUUAUGCCAUCACCAUCCAGACGUGUUCAGCAAAAGCAUUCUCUACGAGAAACGGCGGAUACUAAAAUACUGGGUACUGAUAUGGACAAAGAAUUAGAAGCAAGCACAGAGUCUGACAAAGGAGAGUUGUCUAGGUACAUACACUCAUCGAGAAAGGAGGCAAGAAAAUUAGAAGAUAAGAGGUUUGAAGUUGACAGUAAUAGUGAGGAUAAUUUGGAAGACAGCAUGGAAGAGUAUAAUGGAACAGAAGAAGAUAAAAUAUCUGGUGUAGCGGGAGACAAGCUUGAUGUGGAUUUGGAUGAUGUCAAGAUUUCUUCCAUGUGCAGUCAAAAAAAGAAGAGCAAGAAGGUUUUGUUUAGAAAAAAUGAAACUCCUGCCUUUGAUGCCCUGCAAACUUUGGCUGAUUUGUCGUUGAUGAUGCCAACAGAAAAUGAAGAUGAUUCAGAGAUGCAGUUGAAAGAUGAAGAUGGCGAGUUGGUGUCAUCAGAAGCUAUGCACAUGAGCCAACCAAAAGAAAAAGGUAGAUACUCAGGAGUAAGAAUGAAAGGGCGUCAGGCAUUGUCGAGGUCUGAAAUUGCUUCCAAUAAAAAAUCAAGAACUGGAAAAACUUCAGUUUUGAAUGUCAGUGCUGUUCCUGAAGAAAAUCGGGAUUUUCAUCUUUCUAUCCCUAAAACAUCAAGAAGAAAACAGAAGUCGCAAAUGCCUAAGAUUAAAAAGUCUGAAUCUCAGCCUGAUGUUCGUCUUAGUGAAUCUCCUGGAAUUGAGUCUGGAGAUGCAGGCAAGAUGUUAAUCAGCAACAAUAAGAGAUCUUCACAAAGCGGUUCACCGAACUUGGUGAAAACUGCAGAAACUUGUUCUGUUGCUGAUCUACGAGAAGAAGGUUGUGACCCAGCCCAAUCAGAUGUUAAUGUUCUGGUGGCUGACCAGGUCAAUUUACCUAAAUAUCGAAGCAGGCGCAAGAUGCACCUCAGAAAACCAGAAUUUCAGAAGGAUUUGAAAUUCCCUGAUAAAUUCUCAACUGAACUGCCGUUUGCUUCAAUCCAUGAUGGAGAAUCUUCUUUUAAGGAAAAACUUUCCAGUUGUUUGGAGAAUCCUCAUCUUAGGAGAUGGUGUACUUAUGAGUGGUUCUACAGUGCCAUUGAUUAUCCUUGGUUCGCUAAGAGGGAGUUUGUUGAAUAUUUAUACCAUGUUGGGCUUGGUCACAUGCCAAGAUUGACUCGUGUUGAGUGGGGUGUCAUAAGAAGUUCUCUUGGUAAGCCUCGGCGAUUUUCAGAGCAGUUCCUGAGGGAGGAAAAGCAGAAGCUUAAUCAGUACCGAUUUUCUGUUAGAAAACACUACAGUGAGCUUCGUGAUGGUGUUCGGGAAGGUUUGCCAACUGACCUUGCAAGGCCUUUAUCAGUUGGACAGCGUGUAAUUGCAAUCCAUCCAAAGACAAGAGAACUUCAUGAUGGAAGUGUGCUGACGAUUGAUCACUCUAGAUGUCGGGUUCAAUUUCACCGUCGUGAACUAGGGGUGGAAUUUGUCAUGGAUAUUGACUGCAUGCCAUUGAAUCCUUAUGAGAAUAUGCCUGCAUUGUUUGGGAGACAUGUUGGUAACUUUUUUGAAAAUCUCAAUGGAGUAAAAAUAGAUGAGCGACCACCAGAAUUCAUGAAGCUUGGAUCUGGUGAUAAUGUGGUUAACAGUAAUGUUAUUUCGCAAUUGGCUCCAGCAGUAGGGCCUGCAGUGGUAUUGGGCUCCACGACUAAUGAGAUUAUUACAAUCCAUGCAAAGGAAGCCGAUGUUCGAGCUCUGGCCAAGCUGACUCGUGCUCUCGAUAGAAAGGAUGCUGUUGUUAUGGAGUUGAGGCAUCUGAAUGAUGAUGUGUUUGAAAAUCAAAAGAAUGGUGAUAGCUCUUUGAAAGAGUCCGAGCCAUUUAAAAAGCAUUAUGCGGCUGUACUCAUACAAUUGAACGAAGCCAAUGAACAGGUUUCAUCUGCUUUGUACUGCUUGAGACAAAGAAACACAUAUCAAGGGAGCAUCCCAUCGGCAUUGCCUAAGUCGGGCUCGUACUCUGCUUAUCCUGGUGAUGGAUUUCCUUUAGAACGAGCUUCAUGUCAAACUCAUGAACAAGCUUCGCACAUGAAUGAAAUCAUAGACAGCUCAACAAUAAAAGCUCAGGCAAUGGUAGCUGCAGCUGUGCAGGCAAUUUCAUCAUUUAAUGGUAAAGAUGACACGACUGAGAAAAUUGAGGAAGCUAUAGACCAUGUAAACGACCGGCUACGAUUGGAUGAUUCUGGAACACGGAUGCCACAAGAUUUGAAACAAGAGGAUUCGUCUAGCCUCAAUGCACAAAUUCCUUUGGAACUGAUCUCUAAAUGUGUGUCGACUUUGCUUAUGAUUCAGAAAUGUACAGAACGGCAGUUUCCUCCGUCUGAUGUGGCACAGAUAUUAGAUUCUGCCGUUGCAAGUUUAAAACCACGCAGUUCAAAAAACCUUCCGGUUUACACUGAGAUACAAAAGUGCAUGGGCAUCAUCAGGAACCAAAUAAUGGCACUAAUUCCAACAUAGUCAACACACAAGAAAAAAGAAGUGUGAAAUUGGGCACUCUGUUGAGUGUUGACUUGUGGAUCUGCAUUGCAAGUAGCACGAGCUUCUGCGGAUCAAGCCAGGUUUGACAGAAAGUCAGAAAUUGCUUAUGGGCUCUAUAAGCAGUUGUUUUUAAGUUAAUCGAGAGAGUAUUAUCGCGUGGGAGAUUGUUACUAAUUCGUACGAUAAUUUGAAAUACAAUUUUGUGGUGUUAAAUGAAAUCGACGAA